AUGUGGUUGGUCCAGCAAACUAUGUGUCGCCUAUCCCUGAGACUCAAUUCAGCCGAGGCAGCCCCUAUUCUGUGCGCAGGGACUACUAUAUAUGCUGCCCUGAAACGCAGUGACAUUCGACCAGGGCAGUGGAUGGUGAUUGUCGGUGCUGGUGGUGGACUUGGUCAUCUGGGAGUGCAGCUCGCCAGCCGGGGCAUGGGCUUGCGUGUGAUUGGCAUCGAUCACCCGAGCAAGGCAGAGCUUGUUCUCUCGUACGGCGCAGAGCACUUUGUGGACAUCACCCAGUUUUCCAAAGAUGUUGAAGAAACUGCUCUUCCCUCCCACUUUGCGACACUGACCGGCGGACUUGGUGCACAUGGUGCAAUUGUCUGCACUUCUUCCGACGAAGCUUAUGCUCAGGCCCUGCGCUUGCUGCGUUUCAACGGGACUCUGAUCUGCGUUGGUUUGCCAGAUCAAGGAACGAAACCUAUUGCCUCAGCCUGUCCUGCCGAGAUAAUUUCCAAACAAUGCAAAAUCAUCGGGUCGGCCGUUGGCAAUCGUCAAGAUGUCCUCGAAGUACUUGACUUUGCAGCUCGCGGGAUUAUAAAGGCUCAUGUACGCGUUGAAAAGACAGGUUCAUUGACAAAAGUCUUCCAAGACAUGCAUGAGGGGAAACUGCGAGGAAGGGUUGUGCUCGACUUACAAUAG